AUGAAAGAUCUGCCAAUUUUGAAAUAUAAAGAUGAAAUUAAAAAACUAUUAAAAGAAAAUAAUUUAAUAAUAAUAAAAGGAGAAACAGGUUGUGGAAAAACAACCCAAGUUCCCCAAAUAAUAAACGAUAUAUAUUUUAAUAAAAAGAAAAAUGAUAAUAAAAAAGAUAAAAGAAAAAUAUUAAUUUCUCUACCAAGAAAAGUAGCAACUAUAACUGUUGCUGAAAGAGUAGCAAAAGAAAUGAAUAGAGGUGAAGUUGGAAGUUAUGUUGGAUAUUCUAUAAGAUUUAAAAAUGUGUGUUCAAAAGAUACGAGAAUAAAGUUUGUUACUGAUGGAAUAUUAAUUAGAGAAAUUAUGAAUAAUCCCUUAUUAAAGAAAUAUAAAUUUUUAAUUUUAGAUGAGAUACAUGAAAGAUCUAUUAGAACUGAUGUUUUAUUAGGUUACACAAAAUUUUUGUUAGAAAAAAGAACAAAUUUAAAAAUUAUUCUUAUGUCUGCUACUUUUGAUAUAAAUACAUUUAAUCGAUUUUUUAAUGAUCCCCCUAUCAUUUCUAUUCCACAUAAGCUUCAUAAAAUUACUAUUUUUUAUCCAAAGAAAACAAUAGAAGACUAUCUUCUUUCUAUUGUUAGUACUGUUCUGCAAAUCCAUUUUGGUAAUUCUUAUAUAAAAAGUGAAGGAAAUACAUAUUAUUCUUCUUAUGAAAAUAACGAUAAUGAAAUAUUCAAUAUUGAGUUAAAUAAUAAAGAAAUAGAAGAGGAACAAAAUGAUGAUACUAUAAAUAAUAUAGAUGUAAAUAAUAUGGAAAAUAAAAAUGAGAAUACUUUUAAUAUAGAGAAAAAAAAAAAAAGAAAUAAUUUAGGAGAUAUUUUAGUUUUUCUACCAGGACAGGAAGAAAUUGAAAUGGUAAAUAUAAUGUUAAAAGAAAAAUUAAAAAUAAUUUAUAAAGGAAGUUUGUUAAGCAAAUUAAUUAGUGAUGAAAAUAAAAAUGAGGAGAAGUUCAUAAAUAAAAUGAAUACCACAUUUAAUUCUGAUAAUCAAAUUAUUAAUGAUAUAUGUUUUCAUUUUGGUAAAACAGAAAUAAUCCCAGACAAAAUAUACACCAUGAAAAUUUUACAAUUGUAUUCAUCACUUCCUACUAAAAAGCAGAGGAAAAUAUUUGAACCUGUUCCACCUAAUACUAGAAAAGUUAUCUUAAGUACAAAUAUUGCUGAAACAUCUGUUACUAUUCCAAAUAUAAAAUAUGUAAUUGAUAGUGGAAAAGUAAAAAUAAAAUUUUUUGAUGUGAAAAAAGGAAGUAGUGUUUUAAAAGUCACUCAAAUAUCUAAAGAUUCAGCAUUACAAAGAUGUGGAAGAGCUGGAAGAGAAGGUCCUGGAAAAGUUUUUCGAAUAUAUACAAAAGAAGAAUAUGAAAAUAUGCAUCCCUUUUUAAUUCCUGAAAUUUUCCGUUCUGACCUUACACAAAUUUAUUUAGAAUUAAAAGCAAUGAAUAUAAAAAAUCCAUUAGAAUUUGAAUUUCCUGAAAAUCCUAAAAAAGAAUUUUUUGUUCAUUCAGCCAAAAUGCUUUAUAAAAUAAAUGCAAUUGAUGUAAAUAAUAAUUUAACAGAUUUAGGUAGAAAAUUAUGUUUCUUCCCGUUAAAUCCUAUAUUUGCAAAUAUAUUAUUAUGUUCCAUUGAAUUUAAUUGUAUAGAUGAAAUUGCAACUAUUGUAGCAUUACUAAAUUGUGACAGUAUUUUUUUAAAUUAUAAUUUUUAUGAUGAUUUAAAUAUUAUCAAUGAAGAAUUGUCAAAAAAUAACUGCGAAUUAACAGAAAAAGAACAAAAUAAUAAAAACACAAUAAAAGAAAAAAAAAAAGAUAAAAAAAGGAAAAUUAGAAAUGAAGAAGAUAAAGAAGAUGAAGAAAAUGAAGAAGAAUUAAAAAUUAAUGAUAAAAAUAAAUUAAUUAACAUAGCAAGAAGGAAACUUAUUCAUCCAGAUGGUGAUCAUUUAACAUUAUUGCAUAUUUUUUAUUUAUGGAAAGAAACUUCCAUUAAUGAAAGAAAGAAUUUUUGCAGCAUAUAUGCGUUAAAUAAUGAAGUAUUACUACAAGUAGAAAAAAUUAAAAUACAGUUAUUAGAAAUUAUGAAAAAUAAAAUGAAUAUAGAUAUUUCAAAAAAAUUACAUAUGCACAAAUGGGAAAAUGUUUUAAUAUGCUUAUGUAAAUCAUGUUUUUUUAAUAUAGCUAGAUUAACAUCAGAUACAAAUGUUUAUAUGAAUUUAGUAAAUAAAACUAAAAUACGUGUACAUCCAUCUUCUACUCUUUUUAAUUCUUUUGUCAAACCAACUUUUAUUUUUUACUCCGAUGUAAUUCAAACAAAGAGAUUAUAUGCGCGUAUCGUUACAAAAAUUGAAGCAGAAUGGUUAUUAAAAUACGUAUCACAAAAAUUUCAAUUAAAAAAAAAUUAG